AUGGAAACUGGAGAGCUUCACACUACACCGUGGCAGGAGAAUAAUGCAUCACCUGCACUAUUGCAUAGCACCGCAUGUUGCAAAGCUCCGAAUAAUGAUGAUGAGUCCUGUACCCGUGAAGAUGCACACAAGUCUAUAGCCACAGAUGCUUUUGAGCAGAUAUUGUCUGAUCAGCAGGAGGAUCAUCCGCAUAAUAGAGAUAAUAAUCCUAUUGUGCAUGGGCUUGUAGCCCCAUUCGUUCCUGUUGAAGCUCCCAUCCACCUCACAACGUCUAAACCAAGACUAAACAAGCCGUCACAAGGCCUCCAACCAACUAGAAAGGGCAGGGAAGAUAGCGUCACUUCUCCUUUCUCGCUAUCUAAGUCCAUUGCAUGCAUCCCAUCUUCGACCACCACUCAGCGGAAAGAGGGGUUGCUAAGUAGAUCUACUGGAUGCACUAUGUCGUAUUGUGAGCAUCUUCGGGAGCGGCUGAAGCAGAAUAGACGUCCACGCAAUCCACAUCUAUUGGAGGGAGAGGGCAUUCACGAUAGAAUAGAUGCCGUGCUCAAUCCCGAUUGGCACAUGAGGACCAAGCGCUACCCCACGCAACAAGAACGACUCCAAUAUGACUAUGAUCAUCUACGCAUCAUCUCCGAGCUGGAUCUGAUUUCUGCUGAACACUGUUACUUGACAGAUAAGGGUGUGGCGUUAGUAGAUAUUCAAAGUAUAGCGCGGCGCAUGGAGUAUGGAUCAAUUGACCCAGUCAGCUGCAUAACGGGACUCUAG